CUGACCACGAGGGUUGGACCCCGUUGCAUCGCCGCCUCGGAGAUGAGCGACGAGGCACUGGUCCGGCUGGUCAUCGAAUAUGGAGCCAAGAUCUCGUUCGCUACCAAAGAUGGGAGAAUGCCGCUGCAUAGGGCAGUAGAAAGGGGGCACGAGGCGGUUACCCGGCUGCUCAUUCAGAAGGGAAAUGGUGCUGAUGUCUCGGCCGGCGAUGAAGGCGGGUUGACGUCGCUGCAUCUGGCUGUGCAACUGGGGGACUCGUCGAUGGCUUGGCUGCUUGUUAAAAAUGGAGCCGAUGUCUCUGUUGCCGAUAAGUAUGGGCGGACGCCACUGUAUCGGGCAUUAGAGAAGGUACUAGAUGUAGUAGCCCGACUGCUCGUUGAACGGGGAGCGAACGUCGACGCCGCCACAAAAAUGGGUGGACGCCACUUCAUCUGGCUGCGCGUUCGGGAACGAAGCGGUGGCCCGGCUGCUCAUCGAGAAAGGAGCGCAAGUGUCAACUGCCGAUAA